GGCUGCGGGGCUUUGACUACCUCUCCACCAGCUAUCUCAUUGGUGUUCUCCAUGUAAAUAGCUCCGACUGAUUUUCCUACCACUCGAGCGUCUCAAAAUCACCAGUAGCUUUUGCUGGAACGCCCAAAUAGCCUUUGACGUGUCGAAAUAAUCAUGACCGAGGUUAACGAAGCGAUCCGGGCUGCCCAAGCAGCUGUUAACGCAACCCACCGAGGGGAUAAACUUUGGGGUAUGCAUGUACAUAAUCUCUCGCAUCAAUUCCUCCGGCAGUACCACGAAUCCGGUGACGCGAACGACCUGAAGGAGGCGCUUCAACUAGCACAAGACCUUGUCGAUGAAAGCCACGAAGACGAUAUGGGCUGGCCAAUAUAUGUGGGCUUGCUUGGGAUACUUCUCGGAAAUAGGGCCGAGAUGACAGAUGACCGGUCCGACAUCGACGAAGCGAUACGACGGCUAGAUGCUGCUGUCAACGCAACGCCUGAGAACAAUCGGCGGUGGCCAAUGCACGCACAUAAUCUUGGAGUCCAGUAUGGAAGAAGACAUAAGAGAACUGGCAAACGUGAGGAUCUUGAUGAUGCUAUUCGGAUAUCGGAGGCAGCCGUUGGCGCGACGCCUCAAGGUAACAAAUACUGGCCUGAAUAUUCUAACCAACUGGCGACUGUUCUUGGAUAUAAGUUCCAUUUAACAGGGGACUUGGCAGAUCUUGAAAAAGCUAUUCAAGUAUCGCAAACAACCAUGGAUCUGUCGCCCAGGAACACUCCAAUUUAUGCCACACUUCUGCAAAAUCUUGGAGACCUUCUCGCAUUCAGAUCGCAAAGAACAGGAUCCGUGUCUGACGUACUAAAAGCAACCGAAACACUACAGGAAGCUACAAAUGUAAUGGCGAAAAGCAAUCCGACUAGACAUUUCAUAUUAAACAGCUUUGGUAAUCGUCUUGCGGAGAAGUUCGUGUAUACGAAGGCGAUCAACGAUCUCGACAAAGCCAUCCAAGUGACACAAGAAGCCCUUGAGGAGGCUCCCCAAGAUCACCCAAGCCGAGCAAAUUAUCUCAAUAACCUUGGGUUCCAUCUAGGCACUAGAUUUAACGAAUCUGGAGCUGUCAAAGACCUCGACAGAUCCCUGGAUGCAAUCAGAGAAGCUAUAAGGAUCACUCCUUCAGACCAUUCUGAUAUAACCAGUUAUCUACAGAAUCUUGGUGAUCGACUUGGGGCAAAGUUCAGGCUCACGGGAAAUGUUUCUUUACUAGAAGAGUCCAUUCAAGCCGCAAGAACUGCUCUGGAAAGAACUCCCAAGGAUAGCGCAGCACGGCCAGCACGCUUACAUAACAUUGGAAUUCGCCUUUGGGACCGGUUUGGAAAAUCUGGCUCUAUGUCUGAUCUUGAAGAAGCCAUCAGGUUGGAACAGGAGGCUGUAGACACAACCCCACAAGAUCAUCCACAGAAACCGGCGUAUCUUAAUGGCCUAGGUUUAUUGUUUGGUAGCCGAUAUACAAAGGUAGGAGCGAUAUCUGAUCUCGACAGAGCCGUUUCGUUUGCCCGAGAGGCAGUAAAUGGAACAGCUGAGAAAGAUGCCAAUUGGAUAACAUAUGCGAACAAUCUUUCUAAUCGUAUCGGGCUCCGCUACCAACGCACAGAAGCUAUGAGUGACCUCAACGAAGCUAUCCACAUAGCCAAAAUAGUGGUCGAUGCGACGCCUCCAAACCACAUCGACCUUGCUAUGCAUCUACAAGACCUUGGGCACCGAUAUUUGAAUCGAUAUGAGCGCUUGAAGAGUGUUGAUGAUUUAGAUCAAGCUAUCCGUUACACGACUGAAGCGGUCGAAGCAACAGAUGAAGAUAAACCGAGCUGGCCGAUAUAUCUCAAUAGCCUUGGGGUGCUCUCCAGAGAAAGGUUCUACAAUACUAGAGCAAUGCAUGACAUCGAUGGCGCUGUCUAUGCUGCAAAAUGUGUUUUGGCUGUAGUCCUCGAAGAUGAUUCAAACUGGGCAAUGUAUGCGUAUAAUCUUGGCGCUAGCCUCGGAGAUAUGUUCACUAAGACUCUGGACGAGGAUGAACUUAGCGAAGUCAUCUAUUGGCUGAGAGAGGCCCUGCACCACUCAGGAUCGCCAAUACCUAUCCGCAUCAAGGCUGGCAAAUUCCUCCUGGAGUGGUGUGCAGCCAUGUCAGACUGGCAAGGAGCUUAUGAAGCCGCAAAGACAUCGAUGUCCCUGGUUCCAAAGCUUACAUCAAGAUCACUUCAAAACGCUGAUAAACAAUUUCUGUUGAGUCAGCUUGUUGGGCUAGCUUCUGAUGGGGCAGCGAUGGCCCUGAAAUUAACCCAAGAUCCGCUUACUGCACUUGACUUGCUGGAGCAAGGUCGCGGCGUGGUCGCUGCAACACUAGAAGAAAUGCGGACAGAUGUUUUAGACUUUCAGGAGACACACCCAGAACUAGCCCAAAGAUUCAUUGAUCUUCGCAAAGAGCUAGAGUUGGCUCUUUUGCGCGAUAGCGGCCUGCCUGAGACUUUGAGACAGCCUCAGACUAGAUCGUUUUAUGACAUGAAUAGUGAGGCGGAUGAUUUACUGACGGAAAUUCGUAGCCAACCAGGCUUUUCUGACUUUCUCACUACCCCAAACAAAGAAAAACUGUUGGAUGCGGCAGUAAACGGCCCUCUUGUUGUAGUCAACGUUAGUGAAUACCGUUGCGACGCAAUUCUGAUUGAACAGGAUCAGAUCCUGUCCCUGCCGUUGACACAUCUCCGUCAAGAUGAAGUCAAUGAGAGAGCAAGAAGUUCCGAUCUAAGCAGUCGUGAAACUCUUGAAUGGUUAUGGAGAGCUGUUGCUUCUCCUGUAUUGAGUGCUCUGGGUUUUACUGAGCCAGCAAGAGACGGCCACUGGCCGCAUAUUUGGUGGAUUCCCACGGGUGCCUUGAGCAAGAUGCCCUUACAUGCCGCCGGAUACCAUUAUGGCGACACUUUUGAGACAGUACUCGACAGGGCCAUGUCUUCUUACAGCUCGUCCGUCAGGGCAGUGAUACAUGGUCGCCGACACGCGAACCCAAAAAUUCUGCCAACAGCUCCGACACAGCUCCUUCUUGUCGCGAUGGAGAAGACACCAGGGCUACCAGAGGCCGCCAUAUUACCGUUUGCGACCAAAGAGGUAGAAAUGCUACAUGAACUUUGCCAGUCUAUGCCUCUACGGCCAAUUCAGCCAACACCGCGAAAGCAAGAAAUCAUGUCUCAUAUGCCAAACUGCAGGCUUUUUCACUUCGCUGGCCACGGAUACACAUACAACGGCGAUCCAUCGAAGAGCUGUUUGCUUCUUGAGGAUUGGAGUAGCGAUCCACUCUCAGUAGGUCUGCUUUCGCAGAUGAACCUGCGCAAACACGCACCAUUUCUCGCUUACCUUUCCGCCUGUGGGACUUCACAAAUAAAGGACGCCAGAUUUAUUGACGAGAGUAUCCAUCUCAUCAGCGCCUACCAGCUGGCAGGGUUUCGUCACGUCGUCGGGACCCUGUGGGAUGUCAAUGAUGAACUUUGCGUGGAUAUGGCGAGAAUCACGUACGAGGGGAUGAGGGAUGGGGGUCUGACGGACGAGUCAGUAUGCCGUGGCCUUCACAAUGCGACGCGCGAACUGCGAAGUCGCUGGCUGAACGGGCAAACAUCAGAAGAUAGAGCCACUAAGACCAACGGUGUUUCAGUUACGGCGGAAGUGAGUAGCACGGCGGCUCAGAGCGUCGACGAGGACCAGCUGAAGCAAUAUCGUCCAGUGAGAGAUAUUCAAGGUGAGGAGAGCGUUGAAGAGGGAAUAGAGUCUCUGCCUUGGGUCCCCUAUAUUCAUUUUGGAGUUUGAUAUGGACCACAUAUCGUAGUCAGCACAGGUACCUUACCAUUCUUAUCACCCAGCCGCUGGAGCUAAGGAAGUUCAGCUUGUAUAGAAUUGAAAUUAUUAUUGAUUCAACUUCAUCAUGAACUUGUUAAGUCAAUUUAUUGAAUCC